GUAUCCCGAUGUUGCAGAGUGCCUGAUAAAUCACCCAUUGGAGACGAUGGAUAAGUUUGACAAAGCUGCCACCGUGCAAGCCAGGAAAUGGUUCCCAGAAUUAUUUCGUGAUAAGACUAUCCGAGUCGAAUUCAGAGAUCUUACAACGACAUUGUUAGUAAGAGAUUUGCGUGAUUUUCACCUGUACAAUUUCAUCAGUGUGACCGGUGUCGUUUCCCAUCGAUCGGAGAUUCAGCGUAAUAUCAAGAUAUAUAGCAUCAGAUGUACUGCAUGUGAUGACGUAUUCUCUUGGGAGGGGGAAUUAUCAGAAGCAUCAUGUCCUAGGAGAUGUAACGAGAGCAGCUACACCGACUAUUUCGAUAUUGACCGUGCUGCGAGUGUGUAUGAAGAUUGCCAAACUAUCACUCUACAAGAGGAUCCAGGUUCCGUACAACCCGGUUAUCCACCCAAAAGCGUUGAAGUGAGACUGACGGGCCAUCUCGCCAAUCGAGUCACAGCGGUUGGGUACGAGUGUUGCAUAACGGGGGUAUAUCGAGUUGAUUCCUUCACAGCUUUGGCAAUGAUGAACGGUUUUAUUGAGGCCAAUUCUAUCACUGUGCGAAGUGGAUGGCACGGCAUCGACUCCAUUUCUCCUGGAGACGAAGAAAAGAUUCGCGAGUUAUCGAGAGACCCACAUAUACGGGAGCGAAUUAUCGCUUCACUGGCCCCUUCUAUAUAUGGGGCGGAGCUAGCUAAGGCCGCAAUCGCUAUGGCAUUGUUUGGCGGGACGAAAGAGGAUACUUAUUGCGGUGAUAUUCAUGUUCUCAUUGUCGGAGAUCCGGGUCUUGGGAAGUCUCAACUUCUGAAGUACGUCAAUAAGUUUACCGCUCGGUCAACAUACACAAUUAGCGGAAAGACCAAUGUCGUUUGUUUGACAGCAUGUGUGAAGAGGGAUUCAACAACGAAUCAAUAUUUGCUCGAGGCGGGAGCUCUGGUACUCGCCCACAGGGGGAUUUGUCUUAUCGAUGAUCUCGAUAAAAUGGAUGAGAAUGAUCGAAGUGCGCUUCAUGAGGUCAUGGAGCAGCAACGCGUUUCAAUCUCGGAGGCGACAAUAAUAACACAACUCCGAGCUGAAACGACUGUCAUCGCGGCGGCCAACCCAGUUUUUGGUCAAUACGAUCCUGAGCUAUCUUUCGCCGAAAACACCACCUUAGGGAAGCCUCUCAUUUCUCAAUUUGAUCUUCUGUGUGUCAUGCGUGAUGUGUCCGAUAGAGAGAGGGACACAAAGCUGGCGAAGUUUGUGCUUAAAAAUCACAGGCUUCGGAUCUCGAGUGAGGAUAACCGAGUUAUGAAUAACCAACAGGAUCAGGCUGAUUUUGAACGGAUCGACCAAACUCUUCUAUGGAAAUAUAUUUCCUAUGCGAGGGAACAUGUUGAACCUGUUUUGGACAAGGAUGAUAAAUAUGAUAAAAUCACCAGGUUUUCCGCCGAUAUACGGGCGAGCAACCGUUGUGGUGAAGAAUGCUGCCUCCGGUGUGUGUCUUCGAUUACCGAGAUGGCUAAAGCGAAUGCCAAAAUGGAAUUACGGGAUACUGUGACUGAGGCGGACGUCGAUAAUUCGAUUGCAUUGUUCCUGGAAGCGUUCAUCUCUACAGUUCCCAUGUCUCGAGGACCGGCAUUGAGACGAAAAUUUGAGGCAUAUACUCGAAAUGCGAGACAACGA